AUGGGUGCAGCUACGUGUGGUACCCUACCAAAGAGAGAGAGAGUGUUCAGCCCUCGAUACAUUAUCUCAAUGGCUCCCCAUCUCUGCCAGGGAUGCAGGCACGAUGACUUCAAAUCCGAAAAGGGCCUCAAAUGGCAUAUCAGGUCUUGCAUGGCCUAUUUGGAAUAUGUCGAGGGUAUCAUCACCCAAAAACGCACAUGGGAUGAGGAAACCACUGCUGAUCAAGUCACAAAGUGCGCAUGUGUUGAAGAUGGCAGAGACAAGGGAGAAGGGAGCUCACAACAGGUGGUGUGGGAUCUCGAUAGAAUCAGAGAAUCCACAUUUCAGAUCUACCCCAGCCUCUCUCUCAAGCCCCAGAUUCAUCAACUCGCUCAGGCCAUUCUGGACGUGCUCGUUGCAGAUGCAACAUUGAUUCUGCCGCCACCGCCUUCUGCAGAACAAUUGCACCCCUCCACUUUGACUCCAGAGCCCCCGAAGCCUAUCGUCACGAAGCCAAAUGGUUUUGGACUCUUCCGUCGCUACCCGACACAGCCAACAAUUGAUCCAGAAUCUGCAUUUUCACUUGACAGUACUAAUCAAAUGGCCACUUCGCGUGGCCCCGAGACAAACUCUGGGAUCAAUGGUUCGAAAGACUGUUUUUUUCCAUUCUCAAACUACAGCUCAGCCAAAAUUGCUGGCUGGCACUACUCUGGGUCUUCUGAUAAUCUAUUGGCAUUUCGCGAUCCUCGAUUUGAUGUGAAGGAGCUUGUGAAAUUCAACCUCAACCAAGAAAAUGAGCGCCUUGACCAUUAUCUUAAUGACAUUGACAAUCCGUUCUCAGGCGAGGAUGGAUGGCUCAAGGCGUCUUUUGAGGUGAAAGACAUCUAUCACCGCUGUCUCAUCGACAUCAUCAAAGGAACCCUGUCAGAUCCGGUCGCGCAAACAUUCCACAUGACCCCCUUUGAACAAUUCUGGGUCACAGACGAUGGCAAACGUGAGCGGGUGUAUUCUGAGAUCUACUCCUCGGAUGUGAUGCUUGAGGCCCACAAGGAGGUCUGCGCGCUGCCACAUGAACCCAGUGACGAUCUCGAAUGUGUUGUCGUCCCAUUGAUGGCCUGGUCCGAUUCAACACAUCUUGCAAGCUUUGGGGAUGCAUCGCUCUGGCCGAUCUACGUCUCGUUCGGAAACCAAUCAAAGUAUGUUCGUGGAAAGCCAACAUCUCACGCAUGCCAUCAUCUGGCCUACAUUCCUUCGCUUCCCAGCCAGAUUCAGGAAUAUUACAGAAAGGUCUACGGAGAAACAGCAUCUUCAAAGGUUAUCACUCACUGCAAGCGCGAACUCAUGCAAAAAAUCUGGGAGCACUUACUAGAUGAAGAAUUCAUGAAGGCGCACAAGCACAGAAUCAAGAUUCUAUGCAGCGACAAUGUUUGGCACCUUUUUUUCCCGCGAUUCCUGACAUACUCUGCAGACUAUCCAGAGAAAGUCCUCCUCACCACAAUUAAGUACCUUGGAACCUGUCCAUGUCCUCAGUGCCUUGUCGAGAAGAGCGAGAUCUCACAAAUGGGCUCCAAGUUGGAUAUGCGGCGGCAAACUGCACGUAAAAUCAUCUUUCAGAAUGGAGUUCCUGUCGACAGUAAGAGAGUCGACAAGGUCCUGGGCAAUCACUCUCUUACUCCGACACAGAAUAUAUUUUCGCACCGAUUCCAUCAAUCUGGAUCAAAUUUCUUCUGGAUGUUUGUCGUUGAUCUCUUGCAUGAAUUUGAACUCGGCGUUUGGAAAGCCACAUUUACUCACCUGAUCCGUAUCUUGUACACUGAGGGUGGUGACCAGGUUCAGCACUUGGAUGAGCGAUACCGAUGGGUUCCAACAUUCGGUGUAGACGCCAUCCGAAGAUUUCAUAACAAUGCAUCUGCCAUGAAGAAACCAGCUGCACGAGACUUCGAAGAUCUUAUUCAGUGUGCCAUUCCUUGUUUUGACAGCCUGCUACCUGCACCCCACCAUGCCAUUGUUAUGGACCUGCUUUUUGCUCUUGCAACAUGGCAUGCUUAUGCUAAGCUGCGGCUCCACACUGACUCAACAUUGAUAUCUCUUGAGUUGGCAACAACAGCACUCGGCCAACACAUGCGCAAAUUCAAAGCUACUACCUGCGCAUCCUAUAAGACAAUGGAGCUUCCAGGAGAAGAAACUCGCCGUGUACGAUGGCAAGUUGCCAAGGCCACAAACCAACAAAAGAAAACAACGGCACUCAGUGCAAAGAAGAAAAAACUCACACAGCCAGGAAAACGACGGAAGGACUUCAAUAUUUCCACAUACAAGAAUCACGCGCUUGGGCAUUACGCCAAGACAAUCCGGCUCUUUGCAUCUUGGCUGACUUGUUACGAGCAGGGAGAACUUCAGCACCGCCACUCAAAGCGCCGCUUCAAAAGGACAAACAAAAACCAGUUCACGAAGCAGCUCGCACAACAUGAGAGCCGAGAACGUGUUGUGCGCAAAGUAAAUGAAUGCAUGAUGGCCUCCAGUCAACCCCUCCCGGCCCCUGCUGGUAAGAAGUUGACUGCUCGUGGUGAUGCCCUCCUGUGCACACGGCCAGAAAUACACCAUCAUAUUGCUGAGUCUGUCAAAGAGUAUGACUACAUCACCCCUUGGCUUACCGGGAACCUAGGGGACCCUGCACUCAAGGCAAAAUUUGGGACGGUGACGAGCACAGCUUCACAGAUGCAGAGCGGAGACAAAUUCUAUUCGAUAAUGACCGCCUUUACUGACACAGCACUUCAUGCCGAUAUCAUGCUACUGUCGCAUGAAGAUGACAGUGAUGCAACCCCUCCGCACCCCUACUGGUAUGCCCGUGUCAUUGGCAUCUACCAUGUCUUCGUCACGCACCCGACCCUGUCGCCUGAACCUAGACGGCUUGAUUUCCUUUGGGUCCGCUGGUUCGGCCGCGAUAUGGGCUUGCCAAUGACAACUUUAGAAAUCGAUGGCGUACUGAGAAGCAGCGAGGAGUGUGAGAUUAUAGUGCCCGAACGGUUUCAGGACUACUACACAACACCAACCAAAUGUUCGGUCGGUCGUGUCGGCGAUUCGGUCGGUAACGAGAAGAUGUUGAAUGGGCGCCAAGCCUUAGCAAUCAGAGAAGAUAAGAAGGUAGGGUGGCCAAGCAAUGGUGCAAGAUCGCGUUUGACCGACCAUGCGGAAGUCAGGAAGAUAAGCGAUAAGGACCGACUGACUCACGGAGGACAUCAGCCGAUACGGAAUACUGGCUCCGAUCUCGUAAACACCUAUCGUAACACUCCUGUGCAGUCAUGGGACCGACCGUGUUUGGUAAAAGUUGGCGUCUUCGGUGCUUGUCUAGCGCUGUUCGGUAUCUCCCCAAAGCUUCCCGAAUACCUCCCUCAGACCCUAGCGCGGGUGCAUGCUCAUCACCGCGGUGUUCAUAUGAUCCCGGGAUUUGCUUACGGUCACACGUCCAAACUUUUAGCGCAUUCAAUUGCUAGAAAACAUGAAGAAAACAAACCUGACAGGAAUGAUGACGAAGAAGACCCUGAAUGGAUGUAUCAAAAUGAGUAUGACGAGCGCUGCGAAGAGACCGACUACCUUUUUUAUUAUGUCGGAAUGUUUGCCGACUGUGAUAUGUUUAUGAGGUUCCGCGGUGGCGGAAUAGGCCAUAGAGGUACACGCAGUGUUGACAAGUACCUCCAACAGGAUACGUACACCCUUAACCCCGAGGAUCUCACCGAAGAGCACAAGGCACCUUUGAAUGGCCCGAGCAACACGAACGCCGCCACGGUCAGCACUGCCGAAGCCAACGUAGCGUCAAACGACACGCACAUGAGCACUGCCAAUGCCACAGCGACAUUAUACGUGGACAUGCUGUCAACAGAGGGUGAUGCUGACGGUGUUGCCAACAAAGGAGGGGGGGUUUUAGACAGCGAGGACUCGGGUAUGCCAGAGGAUCCUGAGAACAUAUCAAAAGGUAAGAGCCGUGAAACAGCGGGGGAAAGCGACACCCACGAUGAUGACAAGGACGAGGACGAGGAAGAGGACAAGGGCAAACAUGAAGGCGAGUCCGAGUCCAGGUCUGAAGAUGAGUCCGAGUCUGAGUCCGAGUCCGAUGAUGGGAGCGGCUCAGAGGAUGCUGCAGACAAGGGAUCAGAGAGCGGGGACACUGACGACGAGGCCGAUGACAAGGCCAUUCGAGACCAUGAAGGCUACGGCCCACUGUAG